AUGGAAGAUGCAACAUUAAGGACGCCUCAUUCCACCCUCGCUUUAUCGCAAGGUGAAACAACAUUCCGCGAGUAUCUCCCCGGCCGACUCCCGGUACGCCCCUCGCGCCCAGAACCUGUUGUGGGGUUCGACGACCUUGUGGACGUGUCUCGCGGGGCAGCGUCCAGGGGUGUCCUGAGCUUCGUUUGCAAGGUCAAAGGUCAAGAGAAGGCUUUGAAGAGGGAGCUAGGAUGUCCCGUUGGCUGCGGGGCCCCUCACCUCCAGCUUAAUCCCGUUGGCAAGAACAGUUCCCUUCCCUUCUCCGUAGUACCAGGAUGUGUUGGCUUACCCCUCGGAUUUUGUUCAGUUAUGCCCUACCGGGGCGGUUCCCCCACCCGAGGCUGUGCGGGGGAUACGUCGAGUGCGUCGCUAACGAAGGGAGACUGGAAGCAGGUCUCGUGUCUCGUCAGGGGCGCUGUAUCAGGGGAACCUUCGACCCCGCCAGCAGCGCCUGCGUCACGAGGAAAGGAGGGGGACGAAUGCCGGCCGUGGCAGCGAAAGGGGCGAACGCUCGAGCGAGACGAGACGUACGACUACGUGUGCCCCGAGAACCGAAACGGCUUCUUCUGCGCCACCUGCAAGACCCUAGUCCAGUGCAUCGACGGGAAGGCGUACCCGGAGCAGUGCCGUUCGGGAGACUUCUGCGACCUGAGGCUGGAGUUCGGCGGGGCGGUGUGCUACCCGAACCACCCCGUGAACUGCACCUGCCAGGAAGCAAAUACGUUUAGUGUGGAUCUGUACAGUCAAGAGGAUUUUUUCUUCUGCGGGAAGGCCAACGAGGACCCCGAGAUGCGCCAGUGCCCACGCGGAGAGAUCUUCGACGAGGGAAUAUCCAGCUGCAGGAAUAGAUAUUAUCUGCCUGCAUGCACGAGCACCGGCGUUUUCGCGAACCCCGCAAACUGCACACAGUUUUACACGUGCUUCUACAACAUCAACGGCUGGGUCCAGAGUUCGCACUCCUGCAACAACAGCACCCACUCCGGCCUCAUGUACAACGAGCAGACGGCGCAGUGCGAGGACCCUUGCCAGUGGCGCAACCUCGCGUUCACUUGCCAGAAGGAAGGCCGCUUCCCCGACCCCUUUGACUGCCGUCGGUACUUCGAGUGCGUCCUCGAGGCCGACGGAUCCGCCUUCCGACAGGUCCACCACACGUGCCCCGAGGAGUACACGUGGCAUCCUUCGCGCCUCGACGGCUUCGGGCUGUGCGUCGAGGCGGAAGCCAACACGGCCUGCGCGGCGGUGCUGCCGGUCUCCAAGUGCGCCGUCCCGGAAGACCGGUGCGGCGGCGGGAGCUUCCGCAAGUCGCGCACGAAAGUCGUCGGGGAGAACGGCACCGCCGAGACGCAGGCGAGGAUUCAGGACCUCAGGAUAACCAUCAAAGUCUUACAUCCUGACGAACCGUGUCCCCUGGCCUUCAAGAAAGUCUUCAAGCAGUGUAUCCACAUCAGUGCGGAUAUGUUGCCCUGGGCUGAAGCGAGGACGGCGUGUAGAUACUUCGGCGGCGACCUGGCAACACCGACGGAUGUGAACGAACUGAAGGAGUAUAUCAACACAAAAUCAGACGCGAAAUACCUCUGGGUGGGCGGGACCGACGCCGAUGACGAGGCAGCUGGCGGUGGCUGUCGGGUCGUGCCGUCAACGCCUCCCAUUGGAUCCCCAGGAAACCCGACGGAGGCAGACAGCAGAACUGCCUCUUGCUGUCUGCCGCCCGCACGCCCCCGCUCGAUGACUACUUCUGCUCCACGGCCUUCUAUUACGUGUGCCAGUGAAAUAUGCUAUUACAGGUGGAAUAUACUGCUACAGGUAGAUUAUACCAUUACAGAUGAAAUAAUCUACCGAAAUAUACCAACGAGUAAAAUCUACCAUUAUAAUGCAGCUGUGAAAGGAGCGCGUCCAAAUCCUUAUGACAACGGAGAAGUCAUUAGUGUCAAGAUGAAGACGAAGCCGAAGUCACUAGAGGGAGAGGUGGUCGUCCUGGGUACUCGCGUAGGGAGACAAAUAGGGCGCGAGGGAGUCGCCUUGAGAGCGGACAAGCCCUCAGAUUCCGCCGGCAUGCAAAUCUGGUACUGGGGUUGCGAGGUUGAUCUGACAAUUUUUUUUAACAAAGGAAAUUCUUUCCAAAAUUCUACUGGAACUGUGAGAAAGUUGAAGUACAAGGACAGUUUAGGAUGCAGAUUUAAACAGAUCCACCAACGCGACUUACUUGCAUUAGAGAUAAGUAUGAAUCCAGUGCAAUUGUUCAGAAUGUCCACAGGAAUCUAUAAUUUGAGUGAUGGCUUCUGUCAUCACAAUAAUCCUGCUGCAUUUAAAAAUAUCUUGUUGACAUACUCUGUGACUAGAAUGGGGAAAAAGAAGUUUAUUGACCUACAACUACAAGCAACCAAUGUACAGCAUAAAUAUGACCAUUACUUACAGAUCUCUAAUCUAGCUUGUCGCUGCAUCAGAACAACAAUUAAAAUGCUUCCUAAAAAUAACAGUUCAGGCUCAGUACUAGAAUUGCAAAAAAUAACUGGGCACAUCAAGAUCAGGGAACAAGUAAACUCUCACACCGCAAUGCGACUCAUUUCAAAGUCCAACACGUGGCUAUAA